AUGAAGAAAUUCGGCUUCGGCAAGAAAGGCGACGACGGCGAAGAUGCCAACCGAAAUGCCCUUUUCGGCAGCCGCAAGAAGAACUCGACGCCCACUCCCUCGGAAAACCCAUAUGCCAACCAAGGAGGCACCGACCCAUAUGCUGAGCAAACCAAAUACGCAAACAUGGGCGCUCGUCCGUCACCGCCUGCAAAUGGCGGCUACAGCCCAUAUCAAGGAGGACAGAGCCCAGCCCCUCAACAACCCGCCGCCUCAGGGUACGGCAGCGAUCGAUACGGCUCAGGCGGUGGCUACGGCUCCAACCGCUACGACAGCGGCCCUGGCUCAAACUUCAACAAUGCUCCGCCAGCGGGGGCUAGAGGCCCUGGAGGCUACGGAGGCUUUGGCCGAGAUGCGCCAGACAGCAACAGAGACGCCCUCUUCGCCGGCGCACAGGAGCGGCUCGAGCAAAAGCAGCAGCAGGCUACAGCACCCGGGGCUGAUUCACAGUCGGGUGGCUCCUAUGGAGGCUAUGGCGAGCAGCGGGAAUUGACAGAAGAAGAGCAGGAGGAGGCUGACUAUCAGGCUAUUCUGCAAGAAAAGAGACAAGUUCAGCAGGACAGUGUUUCUUCAGUAAACCGCUCGGUGCAAAUGGCUAGACAAGCCAACGAGGUCGGACGUGCUACUUUGGCCCGUCUUGGCGCACAGGGAGAACGUCUGCAUAACACUGAAAAGAAUCUCGACCUUGCUGCCAACCAAAAUAAGAUUGCUCAGGACAGAGCGGCAGAGUUGAAGACGCUCAAUCGCAGCAUGUUUGCAGUCCACGUUGGGAACCCAUUCACAUCCAAGCAGCGCCAGCAGAAAGCUGAUGAGGAUGUAUUGAACCGCCAUCGAGCUGAGCGAGAGCAGCGAGAGAUGACUCGGCGAGACGGCUACGCUGCCACCCAGCGCAUGGAGCAGAACAUGCGCCAGAUUGGCAGUACGGGGGGGAACCGGGCAAACCGCAAGAAGGAUUACGGAAAAUUCAAUCUGGAUGAUGAAGAGGGCGCUGACGAGCUCGAGGAUCAAAUCGAUGAUGGUCUCACCGAACUGGAGGGACAGGUCAAGAUGAUGAACAUGGUCGGCAGAGCCAUUGGCGCAGAGGUGGACGUCCAAAACAAACAAAUCGAUCGUAUUAUGGGCAAGGUAUUUCAGCCCCGGAUCUCCAUUAUUGCACAUGUUCUAUUUCUUUGCUUGGUGUCAGAUGGCUAA